UUUUGAAAAUCGGAUCAGAAUUGAUCGAGAAAUAGCAUGUCGCAAAAAAGUGUCGCCAAAAAUUCAAACAUGUUUGAAUCAAAAAAAGUGUCGCCGGCGACAUGUCGCCGGCGGAAAUCGCAUUUUAUGUAAGCACACGAAAAAGCGACAAAAUCGCGCGCGACAUGUCGCCGGCGGAAGUCGCGGUUUAUGUAAGCACUCAAAAAAGCGACAAAGUCGCGCGCGACAAGUCGCCGGCGGAAGUCGCUUUUUAUGUAAGCACGCAAAAAAAGCGACAAAAUCGCCGGCGACUUUUCUCUCCUCUUUUUCCAUUAUCUUUUCUGUCGCGUGUCGCGCGCGAUUUUUAUGUAAGCGUAGCAUUAUACAGGAAAAAUUCCCGUCAGAUUUUUUAUUAACCCAGUACGGAAAUAAUCGAAAGAGCACGAAAAAAACCUGGAACCCGGACUCCGCAAAAAUUUCUAGGGGGUGGGUAAGAGAGAUCAAGCUAGAAGUAGGGGUUUUAAGAUCUAUUAAAAAAGCAAUGC